AUGCCAAGCGACGACGACUGCUGUCUUGAGACGGAUAUGUUGGUGGAGACCGGUGGUGUUAUAAUAGAUGGCUCUGCCGAUUCUCGGGCUCGUGCGUUGUGCUUAGCCCAUCAUGAAGGUGUCAGCACGGUGUUCACGAAAAAAAAAAGUAACGUAUCGUCCACGAGGUUGUGGUGUGUCGACGGGGAAGUCUGGGAGACGUGA